GAAGCGUCGAACGUAAAGUAGUUGUUGAGCAAGAAGAAAACGUAAAAACGUCAGACAAAGAAAAUUAAAAGGUGUUAUUUUUUCAAGAAAAAACAGUAUCUAACGAGAAAAUCAGCAAAAAUGUCGAUUGUACCAUUAUUAAACUUGGCUCGCGAGCUUGAUUACGCCUAUAAUGAUUGGGAUCAUUUAUUGGAUGACGACUUUGGCUUUGGUGUACAUGCUCAGGAACUGUUUCAUCGGCCACGCAUAAUGAUGCCGCAGCUAAUGCAUCGUCGUCGUCAUUCAUUUGCGCCUUAUGAGCGUAAUCAUCACCAUCAUCAGUUGGUGCCGGCGCGUCGUCGCGGCACUUUGGGUCAAAGUUCACUGCUGCCAGCCGUAGGUAAAGAUGGCUUCCAGGUGUGCAUGGAUGUGGCCCAAUUUAAGCCCAGUGAACUAACAGUCAAAGUGGUGGAUAAUACUAUCGUCGUGGAGGGCAAGCACGAGGAGCGCGAGGAUGGGCAUGGCCUGGUGCAGCGUCACUUUGUUCGCAAGUACACGCUCCCUAAGGACUACGAUGGCAAUGAUGUUGUGUCCACUGUCUCGUCGGACGGCGUGCUCACUCUUAAAGCGCCACCGCCACCAAACAAAGAACAACCACAGAAGGAACGCAUCGUUCAGAUACAGCAUACUGGUCCUGCCCAUUUGAGUGUCAAAGCUCCAGACGGCAGCACCAUUGCUGAUGCCAAGAACAAAAGCGAAAACGGUGCCGGCGAAAAGAUGGAGACCGGCAAGUAAAAAAAAACAAAAUCAAAAGAGAAUUCACUGCCGCAGAGAUGAGUGUUUCAGCGUUGCUCGGAGAGUGCAAGACUAAGCAGACAUACAUAUACAUAUAUGCAUUUAAACACGAAAACAUCACACAACUACACAUUCAUCAACAUUUAGCAAAUAAGAGACAUUUUAAGAGCCCACAUUUAAUGUAAUAUUGUUCAAUUUGUUUUACAUAGUACUACGAAUGCUAUGUAUGCCCACAUUGAGCGUUAAUAAAAAAAAAAGUAUUUUAAAAAGAAAAUCUCUUGAUAUAAAACCC